AUGGCUUACGUAAUUUGUGAACCGUGUGUUGACGUGAUGGACACCGCAUGCGUUGAUGUCUGUCCUGUAGACUGCAUACAUACCAGCGAAGGCGAAAAGCAACUUUACAUUGACCCAGACGUGUGUAUUGACUGCGCCGCGUGCGAACCUGUGUGUCCGGUUGACGCGAUCGCUAUGCAAAGUGAUGUGUCAAGUGAAUGGGAAUCGUAUAUUGAGAUAAACAGCAAAUUUUUUGAGACCUUUGUUAAACCUGAAGCAGCGGAUAGUGAAGCCGAGGAUAAGGGAAAAACCAAAGAAAAGAAGAAACAAGGUAUACCAGAAGAAUUUGUGCAGAUACCAGAAGUACCCGACACAAGACUCCGUGCGCCGUUCAAUUUGUUAGCGAUGCUCGGACAACCUAUUCUCGGUGCGUUCUCAGCGAAGUUUAAAACGCAGCUUGAGGAAAUGGCGGGAAAUUCGCUUGUCUUUAGUGCCGCUGUAUCUACUGGCAUCAACAGCCUCAUCAACCUAACCCUUAUCCUCUUAUCCUUUUCUUCAUCGGGUUCCAAGGACAAAAUCCGGACCUUUUUUCAAGUAAAGGCAACUUGA